UUCAACUACGGGGGAGCCGGCAGUGACACCUUCGCCUUCUCUCUCUCUUUCUCCCUGUUUUUGGCUUCAUUAUACUUGAUCCAUAUCUGUUUUGUAGUUCAAGAAUCACCAAAUUAACAUCCGAUGGCUUUUAUGGGCUCAGAAAGCGCAUCCUCAUCUUCUUCUUCUACCGUAUCUGGAUUUAAAUAUGAUGUCUUUCUUAGUUUCAGAGGCAGUGACACUCGUAAAACUUUUACAGACCAUCUAUAUGCUGCUCUGAAUCAAAAAGGUAUAUUCACAUUCAGGGAUGAUGAAAAACUUGAGCGAGGAACAUUCAUUGCUCCAAAGCUCUUGAGAGCAAUAGAAGAGUCAAGAUUUGCUAUUGUCAUUAUCUCACAGGACUACGCUUCAUCGAGUUGGUGUUUGGUUGAACUAGCAAAGAUUGUUGAGCGCAUGGAAAAGGAGAGGCUUAUAAUUUUGCCUGUUUUUCACUACAUAGAUCCUAGUGAUGUGAGGAAUUUGAGAAAGACUUUUGGAGACGCCUUUGCUAAACAUGAAGAGCGUGACAAAGAUAACAUAGAGGAAGAGGAAGUACAUAGAUGGAAAGCUGCUUUGACAAAGGUUGCUAAAAUUGCUGGAUGGGAUUUACGAGACAAACAUGAGGCAAAAGUUGUUGAAGAAAUAGUUGGAAAGAUAUUGGAUAAAUUGACUUCUACAUACUCAAUUGUUCACAAGGAUUUUGUUGGAAUAAACUCUCGUAUGGAGGAACUGGUGAAUUUAUUAGGCAUGGGGUUGAAUGAUGUUCGCUUUAUAGGGAUUUGGGGAAUGGGGGGAUUGGGCAAAACAACUCUAGCACGAGUUGUUUAUGAUAAAUUUCGUCAUCGUUUUGAAGGUAGCAGCUUUCUUGCCAAUGUUAGAGAAGAAUGUGGAAAACAUGGUUUAGUUCAUUUACGAAAACAGCUUCUUUCUAAUAUCUUGAUUGAAAGAAAUAUUGAUUUUUCAGAUGUUCAAUGGGGAAGUAAUGUGAUAGAGAAAAGAUUAUGUUAUAAAAGUGUUCUUAUCGUUCUUGAUGAUGUGGAUCAACUUGAUCAAUUAGAAGCGUUAGCAGGCGAGCGAGUUUGGUUUGGUCGAGGGAGUAGAGUCAUUAUAACAACAAGAGAUCAACAUCUAUUGAUCAAACAUGAUGUGGCUGAAGCUGAAAUAUACAAGGCUGAGCAAUUGAAUAGUGAUGAAGCUCUUCAAUUAUUUAGUCGAAAAGCCUUCAAUAAAGACCAUCCUUCAGAAGGUUAUGUGGAGUUGUCCAAGAAAGCGAUAUGUUAUGCUCGAGGCCUUCCUCUGGCUCUUGAAGUUCUGGGUUCCUUCUUGAAAUGUAGAAAACCUGAUGCAUGGGAAAGUGCCCUAGAUAGACUAAAAGAAGCUCCUCCAAAAAAAAUUCUAGAUAAACUCCAGAUAAGUUUUGAUGGCUUGGAAGAAACAGAGAAAAAAAUAUUUUUAGAUAUUGCUUGUUUCUUCAAAGGAGAAGAUAAAGAUCGCGUAAUAAAUAUACUACAAACUCCCCGUUACAAGCCAAGCAUUGAUAUAGAUGUUCUUGUGGAAAAAUCUCUCAUAACCAUCUUCAUGAAUUAUUUGUGGAUGCAUGGUUUACUGCAAGAAUUAGGUCGGCAAAUUGUUCAUAGUGAAUCCCCUGAACAACCUGGUAGUCGUAGUAGGUUGUGGCUCAAGGAUGAUGUCCUUCAUGUACUGGAAAAUAACACAGGAUCAGGAAAAAUUCGAGGCAUAAUGUUGCAUUCACCCCAACCAGUAAAAGUGCAACUACACAAGGAAGCUUUUAAAAAGAUGGAAAAUCUCAAAUUUCUAAUAGUUGAGAAUGUACAUAUUUGUGAACCAUUUGAAUUUCUUCCCCACAGUCUAAUAUAUCUUAAGUGGCCCAAUUAUCCUUCUCACUGGCCAUUCAAAUAUUUUCCUGAACAACUUGUUGUUUUUGAGAUGCCAGGUAGUCGCAUUAGAUUGCCAAAGCUAAUCAAGCAGGAGCGUCCCUUAGAAAAUUUGAUAAAUGCCAAUUUCAGUGGUUGUGAAUUUAUUGCGAAAUUACCUAAAUUAUGGGCCCCAAAUUUAGAGAGUUUGGACCUCUCUUUUUGUGAAAAUUUAGUUAAAUUAACUGAAUUAGGGGCCCAAAAUUUAAAGCACUUGAACCUCUCUUUUUGUGAAAAUUUAGUUGAGAUUGAUGAAUGCUUUGGAUCUCUUGAAAAGCUUAAAAAAUGGGGUCUCUGGGGUUGUAGUAAACUUCAAAUUCUUCCAAGCCAGCUCAAGUUGAAAUCUCUUGAUUAUUUUUAUCUUUCUGGCUGCUCAAGGCUUGAGAAGCUCCCUAAUUUUCAUCCAGAAAUGAAAUGUUUACAGACUUUAUAUUUAGAAAUGAAGUGUUGAUAACUCCAUAUUUUUCUUUGUUGGUCGCAAUUUUCCAAAAUUGGUUGUCCGUAUUGUUCCUGGACCAGAGGGCUUUCAUGGCUUUGUUGAAAUUUCCAUCAAUGGUUAUGAAAAUCGUGAAUAUUUAUAUUCUCUAACUCAGUGGUCUCUGCUGCAGAGUCAUUUGAAUGAAUCAAAUCCAACUGACCAGAAUCGUGUUAAGAUUUCAAUUAGAUAUAAGUCAGAUGACACCUAUCCUAUAAAAAUGUGGGGGGUCCACGUCGAAUGCACCUGUCCUCCUCAAGAAGAUGAAGCUG